GCCCCGGCGGCGGCAGCGGCACCGGGCAGGACUUAGACUUUGGUUAUAUUUUUCAUAACUACGUGAAGCUAGAAAUCUUAACGGAUGCCUGUGCCACCACCGCCACCACCACCUCCUCCUCCACCGCCUCCACCACCUUCUGGAGGACCUCCUCCACCACCUUCUGGAGGACCCCCUCCACCACCUUCUGGAGGGCCCCCUCCACCACCACCUCUGGCAAGUUCAGAGAUACCAAAAUUGCGAAAGGAAGACCAAAAAGCACGAAAUGCACUCUUAGCUGAUAUCCAGCAGGGAACUCGCUUAAGAAAAGUAACUCAAAUCAAUGACCGCAGUGCACCACAGAUUGAAAAACCUAAAGGAGCUAACAGAGAUGGAGUUAGUCCAGCCAUUAAUAAAGGCGGGUCUCAGCAGCCUUUGGGAGGCUUAUUUGCUGGUGGCUUUCCUGUUCUCAGACCAGCAGGCCAGAGGGACAUGGCAGGGUCACGUUCGGCAGCUCCCAGGACCCCCACAGCCCCUCGCAGCAGCCCCUUGCCACCGGCAGAUGGGCAUGGAGCAGCUCCGGAGCCUCCCAGCACCUCCCGAACAACAGCAGGAGCAUCAACCGGAGCCAGCCCUGGGCGGCCAAGCCUGCCCGCUCCCCCUCCACCACCUCCCGCAUCCAGCAAACCCUCCCUCACCUUCCCUCCCCCCCCGCCUCUGCCCCCUCCAGCCGAGCGCUCUGCCAAGGGGGUCUCCCCCUCUGCUGCGCCCCCGCUUCCCCCGACACAGCCUGACAAGCUCCCCAAGUUUCCAGCAGGUGCUUCGCACCCUCCUCCUCCCCCUCCUCUGCCCCUCCUGCCCCCCUGCGGGGUGCCGAGCAGGACAGCCGAGGUCUCUGCUCCUGCUUCUUCUCCAUCUGAGGGAAGGGAUUGCCCACCUCCCACGCCCCCCCCCCCUCUACCGCACAUGCACCCCCUGAGCUCAAACAGGCUCUCCUUUCCACCAUCGCCAGCCUUCAGCAGUGCUGAGGUGCCCCCUCCUCUGCCCCCCAAGUCUCCCCACCUCCUGUCGCAGUUCCAUAAGCCCAGCAGUAUUCAAUCCCUCCCGCUCCCUCCCACCCCUGGACCCCCACCGCCCGCAGCCCUGGCAGAGGUCAGAAAGAAGAGACCCGUCCGAGGGGCAGGAACUGGUGCUGGGAAGCUGGUCACUCCUCCACAGCCCCCAGCAAGAUCACCGACAACUGAACUUACGAGCAAGACUGGAGUCUCAGCCUGGGCUACAGCUCAUGAACCCUACCUACCACUUAAAAAUGGAAACAUGCACCUUAUUGAUGACUUUGAAUCUAAAUUUACUUUUCAUUCUGUGGAAGAUUUCCCUCCACCUGAUGAAUUCAAGCCAUUUCAGAAAAUAUAUCCCAGCAAGAUAGCUAGAGAUCCCUCUAAAAAUCCUCCAUUAAGGACACACGUGAGAUGAGAAGAGUCUUCUGAUGCUCUCUGGAUCGGUAUUAAAAAAGAACAACAUCAAGAUAAUAUAAUAAAUGGAAGGGGUCCCCACUACAGUGACCGAGAUUAUAUUUGAAUUGCAACUGCUGCAAUAUUAACGUUUAUAUAAACUGGAAAAGCAAUGUAAAUGAUACCUCUUGAACUAGCCUACAAACAACAGGAAUGUCAGCACAGGCUUUUAAAUUAUUGUAUAGAGGUGGAUAUUUUUUAAGCAAAGCAACAUAAAAUUUAAAUUCUUUGUAGUCUUGAAACAAUUCUCUUUCUUAUCAUGCUGACAGAUGUUACCUCAGAACACCUUUUGCAUUACAUGCCUGUAGUUCCAAUUUCCCCUUCCAUCAUAAUUUUUAAUGAUUUUGGAAAUCCUCCAGUUAUUAUUCAGACAUUUUUUCAGUGAACUACCAGAAACUAACAUAAUAUCUUUAGUUUCUUUGUAUGCUUCCUCACAUCUUGUAUUCUGCGUGUCCUCAGGCUGCAGCAGAAUGGCACUCUUUAUGAACAGGCAGGCCUGCAAUCCUUUUCUCAUGAAGCAUAAAGAGGAAAGAGACAACAAGGAGUUGUGGCUACUGUUUAGCCGGCCUCCUAUUGGUUACAGAUCCUUAUAGGAUAGUGUCUGAAGAAGCCCAGCUGGGUAGGGUGGUCAGUGUGACAAAGAAGACAGAACUUUUCCAAACUGGAGGAAAAGAAAGUUGUUCUACUUUAAGUAAAAAAAAGUGUUGUGUGUGUGAAUAUAUAUUCCAUGAAGUAUGCAUGUAAGAGCAUGUGUCCUGCCUUUUCCUGCUGAAAAAGAAGGUAUUUACCAUUUGUGUGACAGAUUGUCUUUACCCAGCAAUUAGGAGGCCUUUGGAGGAGGGGCACCACCCCUACAUUUUAAACAAGCUAUUAGAGCUACUAUCGUUCACUCAGUGAGGAUUCAUAGUCUAAAAUACACUGCAUGGAACAAGCAGCCCCCGAAGCGGUUGUUCCUUGAAUAGAGUUGGUUGAAAAAAAGUUAACAACCUAGUAGGCAAAAAGACUUGAGCUUCUGCUUUUAACAUGCACCGUGGGGUACGGUCUUUAGAUCACAGAUGCUCAGACCUGGUCAUAAGAUGUCUGUUUCCAGGACGAAUUACUCUUGUGCAUUUCACUGCAUUAGGAGUGUUGCCAGCAGGUCAAGAGAAGCAAUCCUUCCCCUCUGCUCAGCACUGGUGAGGCCACAAUUGGAGUCCAGUUCUGGGCUUCCCAGCACAUGAGAUAUGGACAAACUGGAGAGAGUCCAACAAAGAGACAUCAAGAAACACUUUUUGACUGUAGGAGUGACUAAGCAUUGCUACAGCUUGCCCACAGAUGCUGUGGAGUCUUGCUCCUUAGGAGAUAUUCAAAAGCCAUCUGGAUGUGGUCCUGGGCUGCUGGCUGUAGGUGGCCCCGCUUGAGGGAGGUGGACCAGAUGAUCUCCAUCCACCUCUUCCAAUCCCAGCCAGUCUUUGAUUCUCCUUCUUAGAGCUUUCUUGGGUUCCUGCAUUUGGGUCAUAACGACCCCAUGCAAAGCUACAGGCUUGGAGAAUAGUGUCUGGAAAGCUGUCUGGCAGAAAAGGACCUGAGGGUGCUGGUCAACAGCCAGUUGAACAUGAGCCAGCAGUGUGCCCAAGUAACCAAGAAGGCCAACAGCAUCCUGGCUUGUAUCAGAAAUAGUGUGGCCAGCAGGACCAGGGAAGUGAUCGUCUCCCUGUACUCUGCUCUGGUGAGGCCACAUGUCAAAUACUAUGUUCCGUUUGGGGGCCCUCACUACAAGGACAUUGAGGUGCUGGAGUAUGUUCAGAGAAGGGCAAUGAAGCUGGUGAAGGGUCUGGAGCACAAGUCUUACAAGGAGUGGCUGAGGGAACUGGGGCUGUUUAGUCUGGAGAACAGAGGGCUGAGGGGAGACAUUAUUGCUCUUCGCUACCUGUUUCUCUCCAAGUAACAAGUAAUAGAAGAGAGGAAAUGGCCUCAAGUUUUGCCAGGGAAGGUUUAGACUGGAUAUUAGGAAAAAUGUCUUCACAGAAAGGGUUGUCAAGCAUUGGAAGUGCCCAGGGAAGCAGUGGAGUCACUAUCCCUGGAGGUAUUUUAAAGAGGGUAGUUGUGGUGGUUAGGGACGUGAUUUAGUGGACUGGGCAAUGCUGGAUUAAGGGUUGGACUGUAUGAUCUUAAGGGUUUGUGCAACCUAACAAUUCUGUGAUUCACCAGCUUAAAAAAGUGCACUGCUAGCUCCAAGGUGAGCACGGUGUUAACAGCCAGGCUAUUUACAGUUACGGCAUUAGUUUAUAUAAUUGCCACAAAUUCCCCUCAGCCACCACUACAAUAACAUUAUAGAUCACAGGUGAAGCUACUGCCCCAUGGCCAUGCCUUUGAACAAAACCAUUUGGAAAAGACAGGCAACUGCAUCUUUACAUCUCUGCUUUUCUCUUGGUUCUGACAACAGCUCAGUUAUGCUGUAACUCCUACUCCCACAUAAUGCAUGCUUGUGGAGAUGGUAUAAACGUACGCAGCUCUUCACUUGUAGGACUCUAGCCUUUUUCUGGCCUAUUAUACCUUGCUGUACAUCAUGUGAAAAGAAAAUAAGUCAUGCUUUGACCAAUAAUUACUGUCAUUAUUAUAGUUACUUGUUAAAUAUACAUUAAUACAAUAAUAAGCAGGGGUCAACAUGCAUUGCUUCUGAAACAACUGGAAAGUUUAAUACUGCUUUGAAGAAUAUUUUGUUAUAGUACUAUUAAAGGUGACUUGUUGGUUCUCA